AGAUCCUCUAUAUAACAGGAGUGCUGUUGUUUUUUUUAGGAACAGUUGCAGAAAAUCGAGUCAAAGAUCCUCUAUAUGACAGGAGUGCUGUUGUUUUAUUAGGAACAGUUGCAGAAAAUCGAGUCAAAGAUCCUCUAUAUGACUGGAGUGCUCAUGUCUUUAAGAACCUACUGCAUUAAAACCCCAGUCAAAGAUCAUCUAUAUAACAGGAGUGCUGCUUCUACGCAAAAAAAGUGCAUGCACUGCUGAGCUCUUUUUACAAGAGGUCCGGGAGGGACCAGGUCAUAUUGUCAGUUCUCUGCACUCCCAGGAACUCGGUGCUGCUUACCAUCUCCACUGCUGUGCCGGUGGAAACGGUAUACCGGUACGGUACCAGUACUAUACUAGUACCGGGAUUUUCAGGUUCAAACACUGAUGACAACUAUUAAACAAGACAAGAAGCAAGGAAUUAAACAGAGAUAGAAUUUAAUUUGGCUCAAUUAAGGAGAAACAUCUGGACUGUACUCUUUAGUCCCAACACGCCUCCUCUUUUAUUUGGACUUUCCCUGAUUAACAGUUGUUUCUAAGGGAAGGGGGGUCAUAAACAGCCGUUGCCUUUGGUUACAAAACUGUUCAAAGAAAAGCUGCCUGGAGGGGGGGUCAGGCCCUGCUUCCUCUCUGUUUUGUAGAUCUCAGGUCAAGACAAAAUUGUCCUGUGGAUCACUAUAGGAGAAAGAAACCGACGCCUUCAUGUCGCUUCCCAACCUGCACAGUGGAGUUUUACAAGCCGUUUGACAGUGUGCGGCCCUGAGUGGAAAAAGUUUGGACACCCCUGCUGUAAGACAACUGCUGUCAAUUUACUGGUCCUGGAAUAAAAAAUGUUUGAGAAAAGACUCUGCAAAAAAAAAAAAAACAACAACAUAUUCUAAGAAGGCUCCUUUCCAAGUGAGGACCAGUGAACUCAAGUCUGAUAAGGACUGAUCAGGACUUUGAGCCCCCGAUUGUUUCCUAGCAAACAGUCGUCUCCUCAGACUUCAGGACUUUGGGCCGCGAUGGCGGACGUGAACGAGCUCAUGGCGCACGUUGGAGACUUCGGGCCGUUCCAGAAGCGACUGGUGGCGCUGGGCUCGCUGCUCUUGAUCCCCUUCGCCUUCGUCCUGGUGGGUGUGGUGUUCUUAGGGCAGACGCCGGAUCACUGGUGCGCGGGCCCGACGGCCGAGAUCCUGCGGGAAGCGUGCGGCUGGACUGAGGCCCAGGUCAGGCGGGUCACCGUGCCGCUCUCGGGGACGUCCUUCAGCCGCUGCGAGAGGUUCCACUUCAACCGGAGCGCCAGCCAGGACCGGUGCGGUGACGAGGACUGGCUGCCGUCCAACCGGACCCUGGUGGUACCGUGUGAGGGAACAUGGAGCUUUGAUCAAAGUCACAGCACUUUUGUCACGGAGUUCUCCUUGGUGUGUGAGAGAUCCUGGUUGGCGGACCUGAAUCAAGUCAUCCUGGCAAGCGGACUCUUCGUUGGAGCGUUCAUCACCGGCUUCAUGGCAGACAGGUUCGGCAGGAAGCCGUGUUUUAUCGCCUUCACGGUCUGCCUCAGCCUGGCCGGGGUGGCUGUGGCGCUGUCGCCAUGGUACCCGCUGCUGCUGGCAUUCCGCUUCCUGCAGGGCUUCUUCGCCAAGGGCGCAUUGACGGCAUGUUACGUCCUCAUGUUUGAAUUCUUCAGCUCCAACAACAGGAAGUUUGUGUCCUUGGUGUGUCGGACGUCCUACUCCGUCGGCAUGGCGGUCCUGCCCGGCCUGGCCUACUUUGUGUCCUCCUGGAGGACUCUGCAACUUGUCAUCAGUGCACCUUGCUUCCUCUUCAUCUCCUACUACUGGCUAGUUCCAGAAUCCCCACGCUGGCUUUUUGCUCAAAAGAGGACCUCGGAGGCCAUGAAGACCGCGUCGGACAUCGCCAAGCGCAACGGACGAAGUCUGCCGCAAAACUUCCAAGAGAUCGUUCCUCUGGACGAGGAGAAAGAAGUCCAUCCUGUAUCGGUCCUGGACUUGGUGAGGACACCUUUGAUCAGGAGAAACACUCUCAUUCUCACCUACGCCUGGUUCACAAGCAGCAUUGUGUUCCAUGGCCUGGUUUUACGCCUGGGAAUAACAGGUGAUGACCAUUUCUUGGACUUCUUCAUCUCCGCGCUGGUGGAACUUCCUACGGGCCUCAUUUUCUACCUUCUGGUUGACAGAAUUGGUCGACGCUCACUGAUGACCGCCACCAACUUAACCGGAGGCCUCGCCUGCCUCGUAGUGCCCUUUGUCCCCUCCGAUUUGUCCUGGUUGAAAAAGGCCAUCGUGAAUAUCGGGAGGCUUGCCAUCGCUGUCGGAUUCGAGACAGUCAACUUCGCAAACACAGAGAUGUACCCGACUACUCUGAGAAACGUGGGUGUGUCCGUGUGUUCGUCGGCCAGCGACGCCGGAGUCAUUGUGGCCCCGUUGCUGCUCUACAGGCUCUCAAAAAUCUGGCAGGAGCUGCCACUUCUGGUCUUUGGAGUUAUGUCGGUGGUUUACAGCGGCUUGGUGAGAUUGCUGCCUGAGAUGAAGGGAGUCGCCCUGCCAGAGACCGUCGACGAUAUGGAGAACCUCAGACGGAAACAGAACCAACACAAGCACACAAGCGACGUAUCCACGUGAUGAGAUUUCUGCUCUUUUCCAUAUUCAAGGUGACCAUGUCCUCAGUACUCCUGGGGUCUGCAUGUUGGAGAUGUGUCGAACAUGCAGGAAGUUAUGGAAUUAUUAGCAGUCUGUCUGUAAGUCAGUCAUAUAGGAAAACUACUUCAAAAACUUAUGGGCUGACUUCAUGAAACUUUCAGGAAAUGUGAUGUUUCCAAUUGUUGCUAUGGUGAUUGCCCUAGGCUAAAUUUAGGCCCUAAAAUGGAUUUAAUCGGAGCCUCUUAUUAUUACAUUUUAAGCACUUUUUAUUCGUAGGAAACAAUUUUUAUACUAUUUCUAUUUAAUUAAAUUUUUCUUAUUUGAUUUUUUUUUGGACUAAAGAAGAGAUUAUUACAUUUUGGGGCCGAUCCGGAUCAUAUACACAAUGUAACUUUAAAGGGGAACUGCACUUUUUUUUUUGUAAAUUUGCCUAUUGUUCACAAUCAUUAUGAGAAACCAAAACACAUCUUUUCUUAAUUUUUUUUUAAAUGAUUUUAAAAAUGAUUAAUAAAAACACUUGAAAUAUGCAGCUAGUGGGAGACACCGUUGUAGCCUUCAAAGCCCGCCAAAACAAUAAAUAAAA